AUGGCUGGAAGCGAUGAAUGUUUUACCGGGGAGGUGAAUCUUUUACCGGGGAGGGCGGCCCCGGGAGGGGGCGGAGCGGCGUUGCCGGUGGGCGGGUGCUGGCGGCCGCCAGCACCCGCCCACCGGCAACGCCGCUCCGCCCCCUCCCGGGGCGGUGCCGCCGCGCCCCAGCUCGCCCACAGAGGGCGCCCGGCCGCCUCAGCCCGCCACCCCCCUCAGCCGCCGCCCCGCCUCAGCGCGGCGGGGAUGGCGGCGGAGGACGAGGCGGAGCUGGGCUUGUUGGAGUGCCGGGUGUGCUUCGAGCGGUACGGCCCCGGCGGGCAGCGGCGGCCGCGGAACCUGCCUUGCGGGCACGUCCUUUGUCGGGGCUGCGUGGGGGCCCUGGGCGGCGCCGAGCGCCGGCGGUUGGAGUGUCCCUUCUGCCGGCGGGCCUGCGGCUCCGCCGAGACCAGCGACUGCCUGCCGCUGCUGCAGCUGCUGGAGGUCCUGGGCCCCGCCGGCGGCAGCGUCCCCUCGGCCUUGGGGAGGAGCGCCGGCGGAGGGGCGGCCGGGCCGGCCCCCGCGGGCCUCGGGCUCCGGCUGUCCCUGGGGGGCUGGGGGUCGCUGGUCAACCCCACCGGGGUGGCGGCCUGCCGGAGAUCGGGGCGCCUGGCAGUGGCACACGACGGCAAGAAGAGGAUCCACAUCUUUGGGCCGAGCGGAUUCUGCCUGCAGCGGUUCGGGGAGCGGGGGGACGCGGGCAACGAUAUCAAGUACCCGCUUGAUGUGACGGUCACGCCGGACGGGCACGUGGUGGUCACCGAUGGCGGGGACCGCUCCGUGAAGGCCUUUGAUUUUGAGGGAAGGGGGGUCCUGGCUGUCCGGGAGGGUUUCUGUUUGCCCUGGGGCUUGGAUGCCACCCCCGAGAGUGAAAUAAUCCUGACCGACUCGGAGGCGGGCGCUCUCUACCGCUUGACGGCCGACUUCAGGACGGGGAAAUUAAAGAAGUGUCAGAUGAUCCGCUCUCAGCUCAUCAGCCCAAGAGGGGUUGCAGUCUCCCAGACCUCGGGUGCUAUCGUGGUAAUAGAGCACCUGAAAGCUCAAGGACCGAACAGCGGCAGCACCCGGGUGAAGAUAUUCAGUGCAGAGAUGGAUCUCGUUGGCCAGAUGGAUAGCUUUGGUCUGAACCUCGUUUUCCCCUCCAAAAUAUAUACUACAGCUGUGGCCUUUGACAAAGAGGGUCGUGUUAUAGUAACGGAUGUCUGUAGCCAGGCUGUAAUAUGCUUAGGGAAACCUGAGGAGUUUCCCAUCUUUAACCCUCUCAUUAGCCAUGGGCUUUCUUAUCCUGUAGGACUGACUUACAUGGCAAACAAUUCCCUCGUCGUUUUAGACAGCGGUGAUCAUUCAAUAAAAAUAUAUAGCUCCACCUGAAUGGGUUUAGAUGCUUACUGCUAUAGGUUCAAGUUGCUUUUGGCCAUAAAGCAUGCAAAGUUGUGGUGUUAGUAGGUGUGUAGGGAGGAGGUGUUUUCUGGGCUUUACAUUAGGUGAAAUUGCCCUCUCUGACCAACAUGCUGUGCUUCCUGCAAAACUUGCAUCGAAUCUCUUGCUUAUCCAUGGGAGAAGACCUGGCCGUUGCAGGCCGUAGUCAACAAUGAGUCAACCAAAUGAAUAAUUUGGCAUGUUAAAACUGUUCCGUACCUUGACAACCAAAUGUUUUUGGUACUUUUUGACAAGUAUUGACGACGACAUUUGGAAUGGAGUAAUCAAAGGCCGGCACCUGGGGGAGAGAGUGAUGCAGCGUUUGUUUACAUUUCCCAGCAUGUAGUUUUUCAUUAUUCUCUGUUAAGCAUAGAUACCCUCAUGAGAGUGACAGAGUUUCUGUUUCCAGGAUUUCUACACGAGAAAAGAGACUGACUUGAUGAAAUGAUAGGCGAAAUGGAAGCUUCAGUUCAAGGUCGCCUGAAUCCAGCUAAGAUCAUUGCGAUGGAGGAGCUACCACUGAUGAGAACUGAUGAAACCUGUUGAACUUAAUGUGAAUCUUCCUGUUGACUUCAACAGACAGCAGACGGAUCCAAGAUCUGUGCUGAGCUGACUUCCGUAUGUCUUAACAAACGCAAUUCUACCUCCUCUCUCAAGGCUUUACCUCACUCAGCUUCCUUACAUGCUGACCUUCUGCUUUCCCAUUCAUCCCUACUGAGCAAAAAGCACGCCUCUGAAAACAGAGCCCCAG